UUUUAUUCCAAAGUUGUGAACAUGCACACGAUUAUAAACAGUGUAGCAUGGCCACGAUCACCAAGUCGUGUUGUUGUCAGAAAUCAUGCUAGUUUCACUCCACUUUUUUGAUUGCGUGAAUAAUGUGAUUUAAUUCGCCGUGGUAAAUCAUGUACUUUCCGAUUGGGUGGCCGAGGGUCUUGAGUUUCCCUCAACAUGGGCAAUGUUCCAUCCGUCAAGUUAUUUGUAAUAGAGACAAAAUUCUCUUCGCUAUUUUGACAGACGAUACUCUGUCAAUUUGGUUUUGUAAGCCAUGUCUCCCAAUUGUGUCACAUCGACGUCCACGAGAGUCUGUACAGGCAGUUGGGAGCAACGAGUCUGUAGAAUGGAGACCAGAUUCCAGCAUGCUUGUCGUUAUUACAUCAGCAGGGUAUAUGCUUAUGUAUCGCCUUGGGGUACGACCUGAUCAGAAAGGUCUCUAUGAGCAGGUUGACUCACCUACACCUAGUAUGAGAAGGGAUAGUGCAGAACUUUUCUUGCAAGAAUCAAUACCACCAUUACUUCUUACACUGGAACAAGAAAUUAGUGUUUUUGAUGGUUCCCUAACAUGUUUAGCAUGUAUCAGAGAUGAAUUAAUGAUAGCAACAACUCAGGGCCAUAUUUUACGUUAUCGUUGGGAUGGACAUCAAAAUAGAGACUAUAAUUUGGAUCUACGAAGAAUUCCUUUUUCAAUUGAUCAACAAGUCUCCAAAGCUAUUCCAAUUGUUGAAUCCAAUACAUAUGUUAUUAGUAUUGAUUAUUCACCCCUUGUUGGUGGUUUUGCUGUAGUCCUAAAUGAUGGACGGGCUGCUUUUCUUACUGCCUCUACCUUGAAAUUUGACCCCAAUGUGACCCCAAAAGAAGAGGACUGUAAUUCAAGCAGUUUUGAAAAAUGGAUGCAAGUUCAGGGUAUUUGGGCUCAAAACGUUGAUGAUGCUACCUGUGCUGCUGUUAACCAUAAGUACAGACUUAUUGCCUUUGGAAGGAAGAAUUCUCAGGCAACAGUGUACUGUGUGGAUGAAACAACUGGUGGUCUAGAGGUUACUCAUCAAAUAGUCCUCUCUCCCAAAGACUAUCCUGGUUGUCCAGGGAGAGUACGCUGCAUACGGUGGACUCCAGAUGGGCGUUGUGUUGCCCUAGCAUGGGCUAAUGGUGGUCUUUCACUGUGGAGCACUUUUGGAGCCCUUCUGUUAUGUUCGCUUGGAUGGGAUUACGGCUUAAACAGUGAAUCUGCAAGUGCUAGUCUUUUAAACAUACAGAGCAUGGAAUGGAGUGCAGAAGGGUAUCAACUGUGGAUGGUACGUAGGCUACCUGAUCGAGAUCUCGGAGAAGAUGAUGGAUUAGACCAACCCACAGAUGCUGUGGUAUUACUUGAUUUUGUGAAAAGUGCUCUUACUGUCAAUCCUUGUAUGGGUCAUUUGACUCACCUUUAUCUACAAGGAGAAGAUAAGUUGUUUAUUAAUUUAGGUGGUACUGGUUUAUCCAGCCCUAAAAAAUCUGCUGAUGAGACUAAAGGCCAUGGAGCAUUAUUUGUGCCGGGUCCUGGGCUAGCUUUUGCAGAACCCACCAAAAGUACGACCAGUGGUGUUGGUACCAACAGUCAAUUAAUGGGGAGUAAGCAGUGGGUUGUUGUACCUUUACCCUCAACAUAUUCUGCUGCCAAUUGGCCCAUACGGUAUACAGCCAUGGAUCUCUCUGGAGAGCAUCUUGCAGUUGCUGGAAGAGCCGGCUUAGCUCUAUACUCUGUAGCCAACCGCAAAUGGAAACUUUUUGGAAGUGAAAGUCAAGAAAGAGAUAUUAUAGUAUCUGGGGGACUACUUUGGUGGGGUUCCUAUGUAGUCCUGGCCGCCUACAGUGUGGCUUCCGACUGUGAUCAACUUCGUCUUUAUCCACGGGAUUCUCGACUUGACAAUUCAUUUGCAACUGUUACAAGGUUACCAGCUCAGGCUUUGCUGUUGAACAUUCUUCAAGAUCGUCUUGUAACUUUCUGCUCAGAUGCUAGAGUCACAAUCUAUGCCCUUGCUCUAAAAGAUAAUAUCAGUUCAGGUCCUUCAGUGGAAGUUACCGCUCUUCAGAUGAUUGACAUAAGUGCCUUGUGUGUCCACCCAGCAUGUGUUGUCUCUCUUGCUUUGACACCUCUCCGCACUGAAUCUGGAAGAAGUCAUUCACAACAAAAUUCUCAACAAAUGGAGAGUAUUGUUAUGAAUGUCAGUGGAAGAUUGCUAAUGGUUCAAAGAGAACAUGGUGGAAGAGUUGAUCCUCAAAUACCUCACAGCAGUGAACUGUUUCAGUGCACCCCACCUACUGUUUUGGCUUCCUGUGUUGAGCAUGUUUGGGUUCCAAACCGCAGUGUGCCAGAAAAACCACAUCUUACAGAGGCCUUGUGGCUUUUCUGUGGGGCACAUGGUAUGCGAGUUUGGCUGCCUCUCUUUCCACGAUCCAAAGACAACCAGCAUAGUUUUAUGGCCAAGCGCAUCAUGCUCCCAUUUCAUCUACGGAUCUAUCCCUUAGCAAUUCUUUUUGAAGAUGCCAUACUUCUUGGAGCUGAAAAUGACACACUUCUUUAUACAUCUGAUACCAAAAGUCCGUUUUCAUUACCUUUUUGUGUACUUGAACGCACUAGCCAAGUUUAUCUUCAUCAAAUCUUACGUCAACUAAUUCGACGCAACCUUGGUUAUCAUGCUUGGGAAAUAGCUCGGAGCUGUACUGCUUUGCCAUAUUUUCCUCACUCUUUAGAAUUACUUUUGCAUGAGGUUUUGGAAGAGGAAGCUACUAGCAAGCAACCAAUUCCUGAUGCUCUGUUGCCUAGUGUUGUGGAAUUUAUUCAAGAAUUCCCUGUUUAUCUAGAAACUGUUGCUCACUGUGCAAGAAAAACAGAAAUUGCCCUAUGGCCAUAUCUUUUUUCAGCGGCUGGUAAACCCAAGGAUCUUUUUCAGGAAUGUUUGGCAAGAUGGCAGCUGGAUACUGCGGCAUCCUAUCUUAUUAUUCUUCAGAACUUGGAGCCAUCUACUGUGAGCCGUCAAUAUGCCACUCUUCUCUUGGAUGCAGCGCUAGAAAAUUGUCACUGGGAGCUUUCCAAAGACUUGGUACGAUUCUUACGAGCUAUAGAUCCCAAUGAUGUUGAGUCUCCACGUGCAUCCUUUGUUAUGCCGUCUCACUCUCUACGAUAUGGGCUAAGUCCACAGUCUCCUCCUUUGAGUCCUAGUCAAGAAGAUUUGACUUUAGUUCUUGGUACCAUGCAAGUUUCACGUGGACGCAGCUUUAGCACAACACUCACUCCAAAAUUAGAUGCUGGAGGAAAGGACUAUCCAUCCGGUAGUAGUAAUCUUUUACCACUCCGACGAGAUAGUAUUCUAAAAGGCAAUACAGGAAUCGGAAGCCCUUCUCCUACUCCUGGUGUUGCUGUGCCCUUACGACGAAAGAAAUCUGUUCCAACAGGAAGAGGAGAUUCAAGGGACUUAUCUGGUUCAGCAGAGGAAUUUUUUAUGGAUGUUAUUCUUCAACGACACGCACGGCGAUUGUUGUCUACGCGUCGUUUGGCUGACUUGGGACGGUUUGCGGCUCGUCUAGACUUUCAUCUCGUAGCCUGGCUGGCCCGAGAAAGGGAAAGAGCUGCCCGCGUGGAUGAGCCUGUCGCUGCGCUGCAGCAGCUUCAUGCUGAUUUUCAUUGGCCUCAUCCAGCAGUGAUGUCUCCUCUCGCCCUAGGCCUCGACCCCAAAAAAUCAAGCAUUCUCACUGAAGAGCAUUUACAGACGCUGAGUAUAGAUGUCACAAGUGUACCUCCAGGUUUGACUGGAAAUAUUGGGAGUGGAAGCAGAAUAGGAGACAGUGGUUAUAUGAGUCAGUCUGGUGUUCCCAAUCGACUUCUGCCUCACAAUUAUACAGAUUACCUGAGUAGUCCAAACUGUGUAGAAGAAGCAAGGCUGGUACCUCACACAGUUGCAGAUGAUAGAAGUAUAGUCAGCGAAGAAAGCUCUUACUGGGGGGAUGAAAAAGAAAGAGAUAGAGGUCAGUACUCACCUGAUGAUGUAAGUGGAACAUGGAGCCAAGCUGCUGCAGAUAUGACAAGCACGUUAGAGCAGUUAACUAUGGAGGGUUCAAUCAGGGGGUCCCAAAAAGUUGAAGUACAGUUACGAUAUCUUCUCCAGUUAAUGACAGAAGCAGGUUGUCUGGAAUGGGCUUUAAUCUUAGCAAUCCUACUGCAUGAUGCCCUAGCUGUAGUGCGCACCACAGCUGCAGCUCGAGCACCUUCUCAGUCAUAUUCUUGUGUGCUGCGUUUGCGUGACACAAUUACUACAUUAACGAGCUGGAGCAACACAGAAUGCAUUGGAUACAAACCAUUUAUGAUGGCAAUUCAAGGACAAGUUGGUGUACUUACUAAAUUGAUGACGAAUAAGCAGCAGCACCAGAUGCAGCAAUAUCAGCUACAUCAACAACUACAUCAACAGCAGGUUACCCCUCAGGGUGUUCAAAACCCUACCACCAAUGCAGCCUUUUGCAUUGAGAAUGGGAACAAUCAAGAAUACAUUACAACAGAGUCAUUACCAAUGAAAGCUGAUCGUACUAUUGUGACCCCUAGUAGUAGUCGCCCAAGAUCCGACACAGCCAGCAGUUCUUCAACUGUAAUGACAGCAGGUCCUUUACCUAGUACUGUUACUUCUCAGGAAAGUGGCAUUGACACAGUUCAAGAAGGUAUUGAUGUUGGCAAAGUAGAAGAGGAAAAUCCAAUGCCACUAGAAGCAAAGCCAGAAGCAGAGUCAGGAUGUACUAUUUCGUAAUGUCUACGUCCAUCCCUCUAAAAUUAUGCUGUAUUGUGUGCAUCAUUUUCAGGGAAUUUUAUUUAUUUGAAGAAAUAAGUCCCUCUUCAUCCACUUCAACAUCACAUUGUUUUCUAAUACUUCAUGCUGUUUAGGAGCUGGGCAGUGCAUUUAUGAUGAAGUGGGGGUUUUGGAUUGGUUCAAGAACAAACAAUGUUAAUGUCUUGUCAACGAUGUUUUACACAUUAUGAACUUUUAUUUUUACAUACAUUAUACAAUGUAUGUGGGUGCAUAUUCCUACAUGGAUGCUUUUUGACAAUACUACAGUAUUUUUAAUGGAUAUUGCAGUAGAUAAAUUUAAAAUUGCUCAGAGAAGUUGAACUGAUUGCUACUACCGUAAGCGUUGAACAUUUUAAUAUGUUUCUUAAUACUUUUUAAAAUGUGUACCGAGUAAGCAAAUGGAAUUAUUACUGUUGAUUCCAUAGUUUGCUGGAAAUCUCAAAUAUGUCGAGUGAUUAGAUUCUUAUGAAAUUUGUGUGAUGACUGUGCCUUAUUUAUGUACUUGAAAGAUAUUGCAAAUGAAAGUGUCAGUUCAGAUCAUCUUUCAGAGACUAGCACUUUACAGCUUUGUGGCAGAAAUUGCUGACUUGUCUUAUUGACAAAUAAUUUGUGCAGUUGAAGUUAUUUGUACCCUUACAUUUUUCUAAAGAGAUCACACUUUAAUUGUGGUCAGUGAGAUAAUCAUAACUCAAUAUGCGAUAUUGUCGGGGUAAUGUCUGCACUCUAAAUUAUUCUUUGCACAUACACAUUUUAUACAGAAGUCUCUAAGGUUAUUCUUAGCCGUCCUUCUCAUGACCCGAAAUGUGGUCUGCUCAAAUAUUUUGCUCUUUGCACUCCAUCAUUUUAGUUAAUGUUUGUCAAAACUAUUUAUUUUUCUUGUGUUUGUGGGUACUGUGACAAGGUUUUAAUCCUCUGUUGCAGAUACUUUUAUGUCCUUGACUGACCGUUAAUCUUUACAAACUAUAUUGAAAUGUAACCGCUAACUAUGGGUAUAGCCUUUUCUUCUUUGGUGUGAAAUGUGUGCUGCAGUAAGGAAAAACACUAGUUCAUUCCCUUGCCCUAAAAUAACUUUGCUCAAGUAUCAUAAUCUAAGAAUUAUACGUAUUUGCUCUGGUUGAAGAAAUAAGUGAAGCAUAUUAGCUUGUAUCAAUUCCAUCCAGUCUUUCUAUCUGUGUUGCCAGCAAUAAUAACAAUCUUUUCCAUUGAAUCAAUGUUAAGUUUGUCUGAUUUAUCACAUUAUAAUUUUAUGUCUGUUAUGUUCUUUGUUUUAAGUGGACUCGAUAUUUGGUUAAUUUAAUUCAAUUUUCAAUGUAAUUAGAAAUUACACCUCUACAGCAAUGGACUGAAUGUGUUGAACCAAAUGCAUUCUAUGAUAAAGUGCAUCAAUAAUUCGCUUUCCUACUGCUUUACUUGGGUUUUUAUUGUGCCAAUGAAAUAAUAGAUUUAAUAGUACAAAGAUUUGAAGUUUUCUGUUUGUUGUUUAUGUGGUCAGAAACUAUGAUAGGUUGCUCACCUUCAAAAGUUUGUCUUUUUGUAGAUACCUUAAGAUAUUCAUUCAUUCAAACAUUUCAUCACUUCAUAAAAAAUGCCUUAAAGUGCUAUACUGCUAUACUUCAAUUAUUCACAACUAAGAUUUUUUGAGAGUUGAAAUUUUUGACUGACUGGGAAGCUUGCUUGCCUAGAAACACCUACCGGUAGUUUUGUUUUUGAGUUUGAAUGAGAGUUUUCUGCUCUACCCAACCCUCUCCUUUUCUUUCUGUAAGAUAUUUUGCUCUCAAUUGAUUUUUCAGCUCAGUGUGCAUUUCAUAAAAUUGCUAUUAGUCAUGGUGAAUUUGGAUGUAUUUUGCUGUCAUGGUCAUGGUAAUCAGUGUUGUCAUUGAUAACCAUUCAUAAAUUCAUAUUUCAUGUUUAUUCAAUUUUCUCCAUUUCAUACAUGUUGUGAUAGUAUCUUCUUAAGAAUAAUUUAUCUAAUUUUUAAUGUAAAUAGUUUUAGUGCUUGUUUAAUGGAGAUUUCAUCAAAAUAGUAAUUUACUGUUUUGUUAAGAAUUCCUUGCAUGUACUGAUUUCGCAGGACGAAAACAAGAUGGCACUGUUAACAAUUUCAACGUACCGUAGUAGCUCCUGUAAUUUGUCUCAGUUGGAUUUUCAGAGAAAUAUGGCUCUAGACCAUGCUUCAUGUUUGUUUUAUACAUAUUGUGAAAUUCAUAUUGGUAGGACUAAAAUGCCCUGGUAACAAUUAUGUAAUAAAUAAGUAAUCAACCGAAACAUGAUACAUAAUUACCCAUUUUAAAUUUGCUUUGUAAUUAAUUGUGUAACCUCUUAGGUUUUGUCAUGUCUCAACCUGCUUAAUGUAGAUAACUCUUUUUGUUGAUAAUUUUUUUCAAAGUCAUUCAAAGUUUAUCCAGCUGUUAUAACACUUUGCACAAUUGUACCUAUAGAAUUGUGUUUGCACAAACAAUUAGCCUCUACAGAUUAUGGCAUAACUUAAUUUGGCAAUGAGUGACAUAGUAGCUACAAUUACACUGUAUUUUUUGUACUUACAGCAAUUGGUGACAGGUCUGACAUGUGGCCAUUGGGGCCUUAAUUCUUUGUCUGAGUUUGACCAAAAUACCGAAUAUGUGCCAAUCAAGUGUCUAUUUGCUAAUGUGAGCAAAUCAAAUAUAUUUUUAAAAACA